AUGCUUCAAAUAUUGAACUCUUCAAAUAAUUUUACUGGGCAUAUUCCUUUACUUGGUGACUUGAAACACCUUGUCCAGUUACUCGUUGGUGGGAACAGUUUAUCUUCUACAACAAAGCUCAAUUACCAAGUAUUUCAUUCCCUUACAAACUGUACCCAGCUAAGGGAAAUCCAUCUGAAUUCUAACCAAUUAGCUGAUGAACUUCCCCCUUCUGUUGCAAAUCUGUCUGUCAAUCUCCAACAUUUAUUCAAAGAUUGGAAAAGUAUCAAAACCUUGUGUACUUAUCAACUGAGAAAAGUUUUUUUCAAAGGCAAAAUACCAAACUCCAUUGGAAAACUUCAGAAACUAGAAAGACUUACGGUUACUGACAACUUGUUCUCUGGAGAAAUUCAGGAUAUCUUUAGCAAUUUUACGCGGUUAUAUGAGCUCGACAUGACAAACAAUCGGUUAUCUGGUAGAAUUCCCAUGAGUAUAGCAAUAUGCCAGCGAUUAGAGAUGCUUGUUCUAGCAAGGACAGCACUCAAUGGAAGCAUUCCAAAGCAAAUUUUUUUAGCUUCCCAGCUAAAAUUUUUGCUGUUGGCAAAUAACUCUUUAAGCAGUUCUCUGCCCAACGAAUUUGGCCAUUUGAGACAGUUUGACAUCAUGGACAUUUCUGGAAACCAGCUAUCCGGAAAUAUUCCUGCAAUAACCAACAUCACAACAUUGCAAGAAACAAGAUAA